AUGGAUUACGAUUUGUCCGAUAUGUCAGACCUGAGCUCCGUGCCCUCCUCGCCCAGGUCCUCCCCGGAGCCAGCCAAGCGAUACUUGACGCCCUCUUCACAGUCCUCACAGGAGGGUGAGGAUUCUACGCGCCAAGACUGCCCUCCGCGCAAAAAGCGGAGACGCAACCCCCUACCUAAAGAACGCACCACACAAUAUCUAUCAUUAGCCAAAUCAUCCUUCGAGCAACAGGACCAGGUGAGAUUGCUUGUCGAAACCCUUCGCCACCAAAAAGACAUCGUGGUCAUUGCGGGCGCGGGCAUCUCCACCUCCGCGGGUAUUCCUGAUUUUCGCUCCACUGAUGGUCUCUUCAAGUCCUUGCAAAAGAAACAUAAUCUGAAGGCUUCUGGCAAGCUUCUAUUCGAUGCUGCCGUCUAUCAAGAUGACGCCCUCACGGCUCCCUUCCAUGAGAUGGUGCGGUCGCUGUCCAUCGAAGCUGGAAAGACCAAGCCCACCAAAUUCCACGAUAUGCUUGCCCGUCUCGGCAAGGAGAACCGUCUCAAGCGACUGUAUACCCAGAAUAUCGAUGGCCUCGAAACGUCCAUGAAGCCGUUGGAAACAGAGAUCCCGCUCAACGUGAAGGGCCGCUGGCCGGUCACCAUUCAAUUACAUGGGAGCAUCACCAAGAUGGUCUGUCAGAAGUGUCGCUACCUAAGCGAUUUUGUACCCAGCCGGUUCUGCGACGCUGAUCCUCCGGAGUGUGAUGAGUGCGCGAUUAAGAACGAAGUGCGCACCACGACUGGCCAGCGGAGUCAUGGGAUCGGUCGCAUGCGCCCGCGCAUUGUCCUCUACAACGAACACAACCCCGAUGAGGAGGCCAUUACUUCAGUGAUGAAUGCAGAUAUCAAGUCUCGACCCCGUGUGCUCAUCGUCGCCGGUACCAGCUUGAAAAUUCCUGGAGUUCGCCGUCUCGUGAAGACCAUCUGUCCAAUCAUCCGCAGCCGCAAGGACGGAGUCACCAUGUUCAUCAACAACGAGCCUCCCGCUGGCAAAGAGUUUGAGAAUUGCUUCGACCUGAUUGUGCAAGGAUCCACCGACGACGUUGCUGAUCUGGUAAAAUUGAAGCACUGGGAAGAUUCCACUCCUUACGAGAUGUUGCCAGAGCCCGUCUUCGGGUCCAAGCACAGCUCAGACGAGGAAUCCGAGGCUGAGCAUGAGCAGAGCACAGUCGCCGUAGUCAUCAACUCGACACCGAAGAAGCGCCUUCACAGCGAGACAGGCCUGUUCACUCCUUCCUCCAGUCAUGAUGAGAAACCACCAGCCAAGAAGCUUGCCAAUCCCGCCAGCCGCGGUCGCAACCUGAACGACGUUCUCAAAGCCAGCAAGACAACCGCACCAGCCAAGCCUGCUCGCAAGAGGGCCACCGCUACCGGAACCAAGAAGGCCAAGGUCGAACCAGCCAAGACAGCAAGAAUUACAACCUUCAGCCGCGUCACCAAGGCUUCCAAGCCUGCAGCCACAACGGAAAAACAGGCCGCCAUCAACGGCAAAUCUAUGCGCCCCCUCCAAGCCGGCACAGCUCGCGCCAACGGCCUCCUUUUCCCAAACCUCAAGAAACCCGGCGUCGACGCACUCGAGAAAAUCGACAAGACCUUGCCCGAGAUAGUCACCCCUUCUUCCUGA